CUCGCCAGAGCCCAGAAGCCGUGUCUCCAAAACUGCGCAAGGAGAGGCACGGCCGGCCGAAACCCCUCGGGGGGCUGGAGGUCACCUCGGUCCCUUGGUCUGCGGAGCCCACUCCUCUUCCUCACCGGGACCCCAGGCAGGGCCUCGGGGGCAAAGACAGCCGCCGGCCGACCCCCCCUGGGCGAGACCCACUGAGGUGGAGGGUUUCAGCCUGAGGGUCUGCACAGGCUCCGGACAGACUGCCCAGACCACCCCACGGCCACGGAGGGGCUGGAACCCCUCGAGUGACCCGAGCCCAAGCCCUCGCUGCUCCCCCCUGCUCGUGCCGACAGCUCAGCGCAGCAGCAGGACACAGGUGCCCCCCUCCCAACCCCCCCGGAGCUCAGCCCCCGGGGAUGGGGACGCUGAGCCCCGUCAGGCUGGGCUUUGGGGUGCCAGAGCCGGGGUCACCCCCCCAGCCUGGCCCUAGAGCAGCACGGGGGGGGGUGGGGGGUGUCCAACCUGCAGCCGGGACAAACAGACACCGAAAAAAACCACGAGCAGAGCUUCUGCCAGAGGAGACACACAAAUUCCCAGCGCUGGAGGGACGAUCCCCUGAGCACGGGGACUCACCACCUCAGGGAAAAUCCAGUUUUGGUGACGAAGCGCCUUUGCAGAGCUCAGACAGACAGACACCCCCCACCCCGGGCCCUCCCAGCACCACCAGUGCCGCGUUUCCCUGCUGGGGUUUGACCUGCAGCCUUCAUCGGCCACAGCUCCUCCUCGCUCCGGGGAAGAACCCGCCACCUGCCAUUUUUAGCACAAGGGGGAGCGCGAGGCUGCCAUGGCGAUGCUCCUGGAGCCGGGGAUGCAGAGUCUCCGGAUGGGUGCCAACGGCGAGCGGUGCCCCACGCCGUCCCCUCCCGGCUCCCCGGGGACACCCCACGACAGUUGCAGCAUCGCCCCGCUGACGCCCUCCCAGUCACCGAGGAGCGAGGCUCGCUCCCAGCAAACGGCCUCCUUCGCCGUGGUGGUGGCCAUCGACUUCGGCACCACGUCCAGCGGCUACGCCUUCAGCUUCUCCAGUGACCCCGAGGCCAUCCACAUGAUGAGGAAAUGGGAAGGAGGGGACCCGGGGGUGGCCAACCAGAAGACCCCCACCAGCCUCCUGCUGACGCCGGAGGGCAUCUUCCACAGCUUCGGCUACACUGCCAGGGACUACUACCACGACCUGGACCCCGAGGAGGCCCGCGACUGGCUUUACUUCGAGAAGUUUAAGAUGAAAAUUCACAGCACCAGCGACCUCACCAUGAAAACUGAACUAGAAGCUGUCAACGGGAAGAAAAUGCAAGCGCUGGAGGUGUUCGCCCACGCGCUGCGCUUCUUCAAGCAGCACGCCGUGCAGGAGCUGAAGGACCAGUGCCCGUCCCUGCCCGAGAGAGAUGCCAUCCGCUGGGUCAUCACCGUCCCUGCCAUCUGGAAGCAGCCGGCCAAGCAGUUCAUGCGAGAGGCUGCCUACAAGGCCGGGCUGGUGUCCCCGGAGAACCCGGAGCAGCUGCUGAUCGCGCUGGAGCCCGAAGCCGCUUCCAUUUAUUGUAGGAAACUUCGGCUCCACCAGCUGAUCGACCUGAGCUGCAAACCCCCGGCCAACGGGCUGGCGCCGGAGCACCCCAUCGACUCCAGCUUUCGGCAGGCCCGAGAGCAGCUCCGGCGGUCCCGCCACAGCCGAACCUUCCUGGUGGAGUCGGGAGUCGGGGAGCUCUGGUCGGAAAUGCAGGCAGGUGAUCGUUAUAUCGUGGCGGACUGUGGCGGUGGCACGGUGGACCUCACCGUGCACCAGAUCGAGAAGCCGCAGGGGACGCUGAAGGAGCUGUACAAAGCCUCAGGGGGUCCCUACGGGGCCGUGGGGGUGGACCUGGCCUUCGAGAGGCUGCUGUGCCACAUUUUCGGGGAGGAUUUCAUCGCCACGUUCAAGGCCAAGCGCCCUGCCGCCUGGGUGGACCUGACCAUCGCCUUCGAAGCCCGCAAGCGGGCGGCGGCCCCCUCCCGCGCCAGCCCCCUCAACAUCUCCCUGCCCUUCUCCUUCAUCGACUUCUACCGCAAGCACCGGGGCCAGAACGUGGAGACGGCCCUCAAAAAGAGCAAGUGAGA